UCUGGAAUGUCCCCCUAUCCCUUGUACGGACAUGAGAGAACAAAGGCAUUGAAAGAUAUCAGCACCAUUGAAAGGUAUCAGCAUCAUUGAGAAAAACAGCAUCAUUGAAGGGUAUUAGCAUUCCAAAGAAGCCCACACAACAUAACCUCCCCAACCAAGUCAGGUUUACAUAGUACAAUUCAUAACCUGUUCCUCUUCUUGGAUAUCUCAUUUUAUCAUUACGUCUUGCUAGAAACUGACAUCACCAUGGAGUUUGGGUCCCCUUUCGAUAACCUCGCAAAGGCUGUCGAGUAUGACUUCCUCACUGAAAUUUCUCCCGGUGUAUGGAAGAUAAGUCGCAGACACGACAAGGUGGAAUUUAUCGCUCAUGAUUUCACCGACAAGUUUACAGAUAAUCCCCAUAUACCCCUCGAGAAAGGAGGAUCAGACUUCUAUCACUUGCUCCAUUCAGGUAAUGCCCCGUUGGAAGAGGCGCUCUCCAGCGUUCUCAGCCACGAGAAUCUAGUAUCGUUAGUGGAUUGGCUCCCGGUCCAGAAAACAGGUGGCGGAGGACGUCCCCAGCUACGCUACUACAUCGUCUGGGACUUUUGUAACGCUGGAAAUCUGGGAAACCUGCUUGUCGAAAAACCUUUAGCCCCCAUCGUCAACAAACACCCGCCGGAUUACGACGAGGAACCGUUCUCGCCCAACAGGGUACUCGACCAAGGGCUUACAGAACCACCAGAGCCACCAAGAGUGAUGUUCUUGCCAGAAUCUCUUUGUUGGCACGUCCUGGUCUCAGUCCUUAAGGCCCUGGCGUGGCUACACGAUGGUAGCCGGCAGAUAAAUUCGCACGGCAACGGUAAUUAUGGGAUGACGCCGAGCCGAGAUUGGCAGCCUAUACUACAUCGCGAUAUCCACCCCAACAACAUAUUUUUCUGCCAUCCUAGACGCAGGGAGUGGUAUGGAUAUUGUAAGCUAGGAAACUAUGGCUCCGUGUCCAUAUCCAACCACCAUCACGGUAACGGCAAAGAGCAUGCUGCCUCGCGUGCUCGAAGCAAGCCCCUAGCACCGCCUCCAGAGAAGGGCUUCCAGCCUCUCAGGGAGCUUGUCCAGCUAGACGCUAAGUGGAGCUAUACCUAUCCUGAGCAGCGGGAACAACCGUACACUGUAAUUAGCGAAUGGAGGGCUUUUGGAGAAAUCAUGCAAGCGAUGAUGAUCCCUCCAGCUCAGAAAAAUCACUUGGCUUACGUGGGCAUGACGCGGGUGGAAGAGAAUCUCAGGUACUCGGCCUACUCAAGCGGGCUGAAGAAUAUGGUCAUCAAACUGAUGACGCUGAACCCGGACGAGCGGAUGGAAGACGGCAGCUACCGGUUCUCGAUGCGAACGUGCAUCACGAGCAGGCUUUGCGUCGACGCCUUCACGGCCUUCCAGCAUUGGAGGCGGACGGGCGACCUCGAGGCGCAGAGUAUGAUCAUUUCCGAACAGGAGCUUGCGCAGCAGCUGGCGGAGGACAACGCGGAGGAGGAGCGGCUAACUGACUCGCGCCGCGAAAUCGAGGAUAUCCUGACCGCGCAGGACGAGCACUUCAGGGACAUUCCUAGAGAGAGGGAAUUGAUCGCGGCGCGCGGCGCGGAGAGCCCAGUUAAUUACGAAGAAGGCGAUCCUGAGGAUAUGGACGAUGGUUUUUUGCACUAGGUGACGAUAAGACUUCUGGAGUCUGGAAAGGGGGUUCGUUGUUGUGUUGUGUUGUGUUGUCAUGUUGCGUGUACUAGGUAGUUUAAAAUAAUACAAUGUUGUAG